GCCAAACAUAGUAUCAGACUCACACGCCCUAGAUCGAUGAUAUCAUCUAGUACUUAUCUAAUCAGUAGCCUGCAUCUUGACACCAAAGCUGCGACUCAUCCAAGUUCAUCCGAGUCCAUCUACAACCACAUCAUCAACCAACCAUGUUUUCAGUCACAGUUUCAAACAUUUCCCCAAACACCACUCAGGAAAAGCUUCAUGAAUUUUUCAGUUUCUGCGGCGACAUCAAAUCAAUCGAUCUCAAAUCCGAGGAGGAUUCGAAACAAUCUGCAGUCGUUACCUUUGUGAAACCUUCGUCCGCUGGUACAGCUCUCAUGCUCAAUGGCGGUACUCUAGAUGGUGAACAACUUCACAUCACCUCCGACGUUGAACACCACAAUCAUCAGGAGCAAUCGCCACACUCAAGUUCACCUUUCGAACAGUCAGACAAACCUAGAGCUGGAAUUGCUGCUGAAUAUUUGGCAAAGGGCUACACACUUUCCGACCACAUCUUGCAGCGAGCCAUCGAAAUCGACAACAAGCAGGGUAUUUCCAAACGGUUUUUAGAUUAUAUGCGCGGCCUCGAUGCAACGGUUGGACAGAAAGCUCUUGGUUCAGACCAAACAGUAUCCGGCAAAGUGCAAUCGACGUUAAAGCAUGCCCAUACCAGGGCAAAGACUAUCGACGAACAGAAAGGUUAUUCUAAGGUUGCCCACGAGUACUACUCAAAGGCGAUCUCAUCUCCCUUUGGAAAAUCUGUCCUCGACUUUUACACUAAUACUUCAAAGCAAGUUCGUGACAUUCACGAGGAGGCUCGUCGUAUGGCCGACCAACAUGUAGCUGUGAGUUCAUCUGCGGACAAUACCACACAUGCCACCGGUACCGGUACCGCCGGACCUGAUGCACAACCUGGUCUCGCUAAGCAAGCCUCUCCCACCGUUUGAAGGCUAUCAUGAUAGGCAAGAAGCAAGUUGGUGUCAAUGUCCUGUCCGAUCGUAGGACAGCACAUUAAAUCGCACUACGUAUUUUCAAUGACUAAAACUUUGUAAUAAUUUCUUUGUACCAUACGAUCUGGCUGCCUUUUCCUACAAGUAGGUAGUACAUAUGAUAUAAGCAUCGGAAAUCGCAACACUUGUAGUGGCGACAUAGUAAGGUAGGGUAUGUGCUAUGCCUAGCUUUUUUGACUGUGAUGUCCUAUGAGGAAAUGUAUCUUUUUGGUCGUCAAGGUGCCAAUACGGUAGCAGGUUGCAGUGGCCAGGUG